AUGAGCCAGCUAGGGAGACCAACUUCAGGCCAAAGAAGAUUGAAAGAUCUUUUGAUUCAACGCGAUAACCGUGUUUGUGCAGACUGUGGUGCUCCAGAUCCAAAAUGGGCGUCUGUAAACAUUGGAGUAUUUAUUUGCUUAAAGUGUUGCGGUGCGCAUAGAAGCCUUGGUACACAUAUUUCGAAGGUUUUGUCUGUGACUUUAGAUGAAUGGUCUGAUGAUGAAAUUGAUGCACUGAUUGAGGUUGGAGGAAAUGCUUCCGCUAAUUCAAUUUAUGAGGCUUACCUUCCUGAAGGAGUCUCGAAACCUCGACCAGAUGCUAGCCAUGAAGAGCGUUCAAAAUUUAUCAGGUCCAAGUACGAGCUUCAAGAAUUCUUGAAACCUAGCCUACGUAUUACAUCAGCUUCUAAAAAGGGCUCUUUGCAAGCAAGUUUGUCUAAGAAGAUUAUGAAUAAUUUUCAAAGUUCAAGUUCGUCAUCGCAGCAAUCAGAAGGCAUGGUGGAAUUUAUUGGAAUGUUGAAGAUCACAAUAAUCAAAGGCACAAAUUUAGCUGUCCGAGACAUGCUGUCAAGCGAUCCUUAUGUUGUCUUAACUCUUGGGAAGCAGAAAGCACAAACAGCAGUCGUUAGGAGCAGCUUGAGUCCUGUCUGGAAUGAGGAACUUAUGCUUUCAGUUCCACAAGAUUUUGGCGCAAUAAAACUGCAAGUUUUUGAUUACGACACAUUUUCGGCGGACGAUAUAAUGGGGGAAGCUGAAAUAGAUAUUCAGCCCAUAAUAAGCUCAGCAAUGGCAUUCGGAAAUGCAGAAAUGUUUGGAAACAUGCAGAUUGGAAAAUGGCUGAAAUCACAUGACAAUGCACUAAUAGAUGAUAGUACUGUUAAGAUUGUUGAUGGGAAGGUGAAACAGGCAGUCUCACUCAAACUCCAGAAUGUAGAAUCUGGAGAAUUGGAUUUAGAACUAGAGUGGAUAUCUCUCGAACAAUAG